CACCAUUAAGUUGUCAAAAACAAAAAAUCCAUUCAUAUGGCUCAACUAAAGAAGCUUCAAGCCCAAACAGAGAUCAAAUCUUCUGCUGAUAAGUUCUAUGAGAUUUUAAGGAGCAAAGCAUAUCUUAUACCAAAAAUCUGCCCUAAUUAUGUGAAGGACAUACGAGUUCUUCAAGGUGACUGGGACACUGUGGGCUCACUCAGGGUGUGGACUUAUGUUGCAGGGAAUUCUGAGACAGUUAAGGAGACUAUGGAAGCCAUAGACGAGAAAAGCAGGAGAAUCACCUUCAACAUGUUGGAAGGAGAGAUUAUGAACUACUACAAGAGUUACAAGCUAAGCAUGGAAGUCGCAUCAAUGGGUAAGGGCAGCUUGGUUAAAUGGACUGUGGAAUAUGAGAAACAAAAUGAAGAAAUCUCUCCUCCUCACAAGUAUUUGGAGUUUUUGGUAAACUUCAGCAAGAGUAUUGAUGCUUACCUUCUUACAAACAAAGCAGAGCAUCAAUUUGAUGAAUAAUAAUGUUGGUGCUAAUUACUUAUUAUAUAAAUAAGUGCUUCAAAUUAUGGCUCCAUUUUUAUCCUUUUAUGUUUAAAACAUACA